AUGGCCCUGCUGGGUGAGAAUGGUGGCAUGUUACAACCUGGGCGAGACGAGGCUUUGUGGAGUGCCUGCACUGCUGCGGCGUCUGUUGUACUUUCAACUCAGAUCAUAUGUGAACGUGAAUGGUGUAUGAACAUGUCCGGAGGUACAUUAUUGGAGCUUGCGUCUCCAUGCUUCUAUUCUGCAAGGCCAUGUGCCAGACGGGCUCCAGCUCUGGUGAUAUUGUGCCUGUGCUUGGUGGCGAUUCUGGCGUUGUGUUACCAUUGGUGGGGGGGCAAUGUCGCAAGUUCCCCAGGUAUCGUCACUGAGAUCGCCUUGACACAUGGAAGUUGA